AAUAGGCGGCAACCGCCAUUUGUAUUUUUGUUCUUAGCGUUUGUUGGUGAUAAACAAAUUGGUGAAUUUCUCAAUUGCAAGCUGUGCUAAUUACUGAUUUUUGUUAGUUCGUUUUGUGAUUCACAUUUAGCUAGAAUAUAAUGAUUUAUUUUUAGGACACUGAAAAUUAUAUCGAGAUGUCAGGCGGUCGACUGGUGGUGCUUGACAGGCAGGGGCGCGACGUGAAGCAGUACCCCCUGCCCGAUGGCCUGGCGACGCUUGGCAGUGAUCCAGCCUGCGACAUCCGUGUGAUGCUGCCUACGGUCAGCGCGCAUCAUGCUACUGUUGUUGUGCAUGCUAAUCAGACGGUAGUGAGAAAUGUGGGUGAUGGUGAAACUCUGGUGAACGGCAAAUGCGUGAGCAUUGCUGCUUUGCGUCACGGCGACGUGAUCACGCUCGGCGACCGCUCGCUGCGCUGGGAAUACUCCAAUCCUGAUGUCAAACGACAUCAAUACAAUGAGCCUGUGGUGUUCCUGAGCCGCAUGCCCCGGCGCGUGGACUCGCGGCGCGGGCGGCGCGCCACGGCGGCGGGCGGCUCGCGCGACCAAGCGCUGCAGUUACACCACCGCGGCUCCUUGCCUGCUAGCACAGGUGGCAAACAAGUGGCGAUCGUGCAACCACAAAGAAGAGACAAUAAUGAGCAAAUUGAUAAGACCCCGCGACCACAGCCGCAGUCGAACAAGCGACCACGCUCUAAUGCAGACACCUCAGUAGAAGAGGAUAAAACCAAACGCAAGUCUACAUCACGCGUGAGCCCCAAGAAUCUGUCUAUGCAAACGACGAAGGCGUCUCUCUGGAUCGAGUCUAGAAAGACGAGUCCGCGGAAAAGCGUAAAGGCUCGUAGUCCAAGUCCCCGUAAGUCUACCAAGGCUUAUACUCCUCCGACUCGACCAAAUAUUGGUGUUAGAAGAGUGGUAUCUGCUAAGAAGAGUACACCAUUGCGUAUGACUGUAUUGAAGAAGGCACAGAGUGCGCACAAACUCAGAGUCAUGAAGAUCGAGGCGCCCGUUAAAAUUGACCACACAAAACAGGCGGCGAUUAUGCUGAUGACUGGGCACACGCCCAAGCAAAAAAUAUUAACGUCUAAACCGAAAACGCCUUCUUAUGUGGUAAAGAAACCGAGUCCUGUACGAAAGACGCCUCGCGGCCGGCCCGCCAAGCGGUCUAAAGAAAACGUUACACCUAUUGGAGUGACGCCCAAGAGAGCUAGCACCUACGAACAAACCGCUACAAGGAAGAGCAAGAGGAGCAGUGGAAACCAGUCUGUGACUGUAUUAGAAAUAACAGAUUCUGAUCAACAAAACACAACCGCUCGCGCCAGUAACUCAUCUAGGAGGUCAAGUCAGAAGUCUUUCCAAAAAUCUCCUCGGCUGCCUAAUCCAAAGAAAUCAGCUCUCAAAGAUCCCAAAAAAAGUAAUAGGAAGACUGAAUCUAUUAAAUUCGACCUCAGCAAUAUAGAAAAUAUGCAAGACUCUAAUGAUGUGUUAAUGGUUUCCAAUACACUUCAACAAUCUGAACUUGACGAAAGUAUGUCCGAAGACGAUGAGUUUACUUUGCGCUACUCCGAUAAUUCGUCAAGUCUCUCGCCUCGAAAGUCUAUACAUUCGCGCAGCAGUAGAAUUUUGGAAAAGUCCAUUGGCUCGCCAAUGAGUUUGUCGCCGAAUUGCGCUCGGCCUUCAGAAUCACCUCGUGGAAGAAAAUCAUUACGUGGCAGCCUUAUCGUACAGAAAGCUCUAGAAAAUGAGUCAGCGCACACAUCAACACAAAGUUUUGAUCAAAGCACAAAGUCGGCGCCAUCUGCAUUUAAAACUCGUACGCUAAGUCCACGACCAAGUCAAAACAUGGAGUCAUAUUCCAUCGUCGACUUAGUUUCGAUAGAUUCCAAUGAAUCUCCAAGAACCUCAAUUUAUAAUUCUGCUGAAUCAAAUGCUACUUUUGACGUGAUAAAUAGCACGGGACGUAAAACCAGAUCCACGAUUGAUCCUACUUUAUUGGGCUCGAGCACGCCAUACGUUGGGAAAACCGGCAGACAGUCAGUCCGCUCACCAAACUCGACAGUAUGUAAUCAAUCACAGUCAAGUCCCGAAGUCUCUCAAUUAAGCGCACAAGCUAAUGGCACUUAUGUAUCAAGCAGGCGCACAAAGUCGUUAUCGACACCGGAGAACAUUCAUAAGCACAUAUCUGUUAACAGCACAAGAAUAUCGAGAGUUUCAAGAAACAGAUCUAGACUUAAUGACAGUGAUUUGCUUAUGAUUGAUGGUAACGAAAGUGAUGCUUCGCAAACUUCCAAAAGAGGUAGUCGCGCUUCAAAAUCUGUACUCUCUGAAUCUUUUAACCACAAUGAUCAGAACAGUAUUACAAGUAUUCGGGAUGAUAGUCCGUCACAAGAUGGCGUCACAACACCGGAGACCAGACACAGUCCACAGGAUGUUGGCACUCCUGUAUUGAAUAUUCAGAGCCUUUUAGAUUCAAGUCACAAUUCAUUCACUUCAUUAAAUACGAGGAAAGGUAGAAUGUCGCAAAGAAAAACCAUUGGAGUCAUUUCUGAAAACAAUAGUCGUACAUCUUACAAAUCUAAAUCUCUAAACUUUACCUCUCGUCGAACUACGUCAAGAUUGCGUCAAAAUUCCUCUGAAGGCUCCGACAAAACUGACGAAGGCGCCCCGCAGCCUGAUAAUGAAGAAACAGUAACUCCCAAAAGCGCUGUUAAGUUGGUACACGAGGGAGUUAAAAAUAAACAUUCUACAGCCAAAAAACCACAGUCAAAACGGUCUAUUAUAGAUGACCUUAAUCAGUCCGAUAUAGUGAAACAACUAUUUAACAGUCCUGUUAAAAGGAAGUUGUCUCAAAGUAUGACGGAAUUUUCUUUGAGGCAGUUAUCUGAACACGACGAUGAUGAGAUACUGACUAAACGACCGAUUACCAAUACUACCCUACAGUCUUCGACGAGCAGAACGCCUGAGUACUCUAUUUUGGACCAAACUGAACCCAUAUCUCCUGAAGUGUUUGUUAGUCCAAUGAAUACACCUUCAGGAAGUCCGAAUUUGGAAGGAAUAAAACGUUUAUUCGGAAAAAAUACUCCGCGGAACGAUUUGGCCAUUGUAAAGGGAGUCAAAAGUUUAUUCAGAACGCCGAGGGCGAGACGUUCAGGACGAAACGAUUUAACAAAUGUAUCCGGAGUUAAAGCAGUAUUUGCUAAGUCUCCUAGAAAUCGUUUAAGUGAUGUAGCAGUGAGGGACCUGUUUGUGGAGGCUCCGAAAGAUGACUUGCGAAGAGUCUCCGGAGUAAAAUCUCUAUUUCAGUCACAGAGGAAAAACAAAGAUCCCAAAAAUGAUCUAAGUGAUGUAAGAGGAGUAAAAUAUCUAUUUAAAAAUAGCCCUGCAAAUGAUUUGCGAAAUGUGUCUGGUGUAAAAAAAAUAUUACGAAGAAACUCUCCUAGAAAUGACUUGACAGAUGUACGAGGGGUUAAAAAGAUGUUUAAAGAAUCGAAAAAACAAACUAAUGAUUGUGACGUGAGCGGGAUCGAAGAGCUAUAUAACGAAUCCAACCGAGAUACUGAUAGCUUGUUUGAUCAGUUGAUAGGCAAGCCGCAAAUAAGGGCAGUUUACUCGAAAACGUUUUCCGGAAAGUCUAUUCAGAAAGCCAAAAAUCGCAAACGUAAGUCUUUGCAUACAUCAAUUGAUGUCAUCACCAACAAUGUUGAAGAGUGGUUGGAAAAAGAACUUCAUAAACGAUUACAUAAAGAUGCGUCUAAAUCGAAUGUUACCCGGGAACUAAAAAAAUUGGCGACGGAAACGGUGGCAGGAAGUACGCCUAUACGCAGCUCUCGAGUCCGUGACAGCACUGUAUUGAAGGUUGCUCAAGGAGAGUACGACAGGAAAAGAUCGGCUUCGGAGAUAUACAGCGCUAAGAAGUUGCCAAUAAAGAAGAGGUCAUUAGUGGAAGCGUCAAUGGAGAGAAGCCAUAAGGAUGAGGGUCAGAAGAGCAUCUUGCCGAUAAAGAAGCGUGUGGUGGUGCAUUCUACGCCUGUGAAAGGGCGCGUCAAUCUCACUAUGAAUGCAUCUGAACUAGGCCGAGUGUCUCCCAUCGCGCCAGACCGCACGCGAGCUGAUGGACCAGAUAUUGGAAUGGCUGAGACAUUAGAGAUACCGCAAAACAAAUCAACAUCAAAUGGAACAAGAAAAACCGACGACGUCCCUACUGUAAAUGAAAAAGUAUCUCCUAAAAAGACUCGUGCCAAAUCUAAAGCAAGUCCACCUAAACUCAGAACUACCAGAAGUCGGAAAGAUAAAACUAUUAAUCCAGAUAAAACUAAAAGUAGGGUCUCGCUUGUUGUGGUUAAAAAAUCGCCAGUCAAAGUAGUUUCUCGGACUACACGAAAUAAAAAAGAGGCUACAGCGACCACAACAGAGGAAAUAAAAAAAUCUCCAAGUAAUCAAAAGAAAACAACACGGAGGCAAAAAGUCUCUGAAAAUCCAGAACCAAAAAUGACGCCAAAGAGAACUACCAGAGCUAAAGUACAAAAAGCGAGCGUUAUUGUAAGCAAACCUUCUCCACAGCUAAAACCGAGAUCUGUUAGAAAUGUCGUUGUUGAAAAACUUACAGAGACAUCCAAGGAUACUAAACAGAUUAAAGAAAAAACUAAAACUUCCCGAAAAACAACCAAUGACUCGACUAAAGAAUCUCCAGCUGCAAAAAGACAAACUCGUGCUGCUGCGGCUAUUGAACCCAAAACCAAAGGAAGAAAAACAGCGAAUAUGAAAGGACAAAUUCAAGCGCAGGAAAACCCUUCAAUUAAACGUGGACGUAAUACUAAUAAACAAAAUAUUAACGAGCAGGAGUUAAAACAAACGGCUGCUAAAGAGAAAGCAGCUAAAAGUAAAACGGACGCAAAUAAUUCCAUUCCAGAAAAAAAAUUAAAGACGAGAUCAAAAAUAAAAGUUGUAGAAGAAAAGAAAGAAAGCCCUGUGAAAAAGCAAGCUGUGUCAAAAACGACUAGAGGUCGCGGAAAAAAAUUGGAGCCACAGUCCAGCGUUCAGUCUGAACCGACAAGACAGGUACGAAGGACGAAGGUUGAAAGUCCAGUUAUAUCUGAAGAAAAAGGCCGUAAACGCAGAACAAGACUUGAAGAAACGGUACCAUCUAAAAUCACGCGGGGUAGAAAAAAAACUAUAGAAACGACGGAAACAGAAACUGCCAACGGGCGGCAAAAGCGGUCAGUGGUAAAGGACAAUAAAGUUGAGAUCAGUAAAAGUAUGCAAAAGGGGGAAGUCAACAAAGUAACAAAAAUAAUGAGAUCUAGGAGGGUGAUCGAAGAGGUCAUGGCGUUGCAGAAGCCAAUGGAACAAACUACUAGAGGGAGAAAGAGGACUACGACAGUGGAAAACGCACCAGAUAACAAACGUUCAAAGAAAUCAAAAUCAGAAGUAUCUCCAGUAAAAGAGGUAACCAAGAAGCAGCCAGUACGUAAGAAGACCAAUAGUACUAAGGCGUCAGUUAGUGUCGUCGCCUCACCGUUGAAAACAAGAGGCAAAAGCACGAGAGGAAGAAGCGAACCUGAAGAGCCGAAGAAGUCUGCCGGUCGCUCUCGCAGGAGAUAACAGUUACUUUCGCGCGACAUUUUACAGUACAAAUGUAAAAUAAGGCGCACCAAACAUACACGUUCAUUGGAGUGUCGCAUAAACUUAACUAAAGUAAGCUAUAGCGUUUUAGUAUGUGGAUGUAGACGCAUUAGAGUCUCUGGCAAACGGAUCGUAACUCAUUUAUAAAUUUGACUCAACAUAAUGAUUUGUUUUAAUUAUGAUAUUAUUAUUUGUGACUAAAAUAAUUGUUACGAAUGUUUUCUUGAUUGUCCCCAUAUACUUACACGUGUUACUAAUAAACGGUUCAUGUUACGACUGUAAUAGUUAUUCAGUGCUUUGUCUAGGCGUGUUGAAUGCCAUUUACUGUCGGAGGAAGGUAGUCAAAUCAUUGUACAACUAUGAUAGACGUACAUAGCGAUUAUUAGUAUGAACCUUAGAUUUUGCUAUCAUAAUAAUAUAUGUGUCCUCAAUUUUUUUACAGAUAUCCCAUGUAAAUUAUCUCUAAACAAACUAUAAAAAAAAUAUAUAUUAUGAACCUUUGGGAUCAGUUUAAAUUUUUUUGGAUCAGUUUAAAAGUUGUUAGCUCUGAAGUGCCCACAAUUCAUAAAAAGUCAUCUCAGAGAGUUAUUCUUCACAAAAUAAGUUUAAAAAUUGUAGUUAAUGGGUCUUUGUUUUAUAAAUCGUUAAAGGGAUGCAUUUUUAUAGAUAGAUGUAUACAUUUGAGUAUCGAUAUGCCGUAUCGAUAGAGAUAUAGUUUUCAUAGAACUGGUUCAAUUUUAUAGAAUUUAAUAUUGACAGUUAAAAUUUUGUGGAAUAGCACGCAUAUUUGAUGCACAAGAAUAUACUUAUAUUUUUGAAUGCAGAUUGAAAUUUUUUAAAUAUUUCUAGUUUACCAAAUAAUAUGACAAUAAUAAUAUUAUGACAACUCAAUUGAGUACUUUGUUGACAACAGUCAACACAAUAAAACUGGAUAUAUUUAAGGAAAUACAUAUUUUAAUGAAACGCUUUUGAUAAGCAGAUUAAUAAUUAUUUAAACAUGUGAUUUUUAUUUCAUUUGCUAAUUUGAGAAUAUUUGCUUUUUACCAACAUCAUUUUGCAUUUAUGUAAAACAUUUUAAAAUACUAGCCUAUAGUUAGAUAUCUUUGUACCGGCAAUGUGUGUAAUGCAGGCAUUCUAUAUAAUGCCUAGACAAUUUACAGAUAACCUGGUUCAUUCAGGCAAAGUAUAAAAUAUUAUGAUUAUUUUUGCCAGUUACAUACUUUAUCUGGCUAAUGUGUAUAAUACCCAGCCAUUGUAUGGCUUACCUGCUGGUCCACCAGCAAUGAGUAAAUAGAUUUUAGCCUGUAUUUAUCAAUUUUAUGUAAGUAUGUACUUACAAUUAUUCAAGUUGGUUAGGUUAGAUUAUAACUGUGUACAUGUACAAGUAAUAAAUAUAUUUUAAGAAUAAAAUUCCUUUUACGCACAUUAUCCGGCUGCGUAUUAAGUAUUGUAUACAAUGGCUAGCCAAUUUAAAAAUCAAUAAUAUUUAAUACAUUGUCUAGAGAGCCCAGGCAUUCUAUGCAUUUUCCAGGCAUUUGAUAGAAUACCGGACUGUACAGAUUGCCGUUAACAUCUAUAUAUAAAGAAUACUGUGAACCUCAUUUAGGAAUAAAAGUAGUCAUAUUUAAUUGAUAUUUUUCAAGCUUGUUAACGGUUUUUAAGAAAUCUAAAACAAAUAUGUUCACCGAGAAUUUUUUGGUACUGUUUUUUUUACUAGGAAACUGUUUGCGUUAGAUAUUGUGUUUACAAUUGCACUUUCAUGUAGUACUAGGCUUUUAUUGACGUGUUAUAUUAGUAUUCACAUCAUGAUGUCGGUCUAUUGUAAUUUGUAUUUUAAUUUUAUCUGUAAUAUUAUUUAAGAUUUGUAUGUGUAAGAUUGCACUUUUAAUGCGAUUGUUUUUUUUUGGGUUUCUAUUGUUUGUUAAACGUAUUGGUAAAUAUAUCUGUCAUGGUGCAUGGACCAUUAGGGUCCCUUAUGUAUGUAAAAAUUAACAAAAAAUAUAAAAAAAGACAAGAAAUAAUUGUGUAAGUCACUACAUAGUACAUAAUAUUAUGUUAAUAUUAGCGCAUACAGCACAAAAUUAGCUUUGUAGUUAUAAAACAUUUGCCAAAUUUAUAUUAUGUAGAAUAAUUGUGUACUUGAGUUGUAUUUAUAAUGAAACAUGGCACAAACUCAGUAUUGAAAUAUCUUGUAACCAUCCUCUAUUGAUAUUUCUGUAUCAUUUCCUUGUAACCUUUAUUUAUUACAGUACUGCAGAUCUUUGAAACUAACAUUCCAGGUUUUCUUUAGCUGGAAACAUCAGAUUCUAGUACCAAGUUUCUUUAUAGACCUACUUUGAAUGCCUAACUAUGAUGUAUAAUGUUAAUCCUAUCUCCAAUGAUUAAACAGCCGUAACAAAUAAUAUUAAUUUCUGUUUUGUAAUAGAUAUUAUAUCUAUACAAUACAGUGUGUCAAGCAAGAAGGAAUUAGCGUUGCAUCUGAUUUUACUUUGAUUCAUACAAAGGUAGCGAUUAGGACCGUUCAAUCGGUUAUUCAUCGAUAGUUAUACAUAAUUCUUAAACAUCGAAACUUAUGAUUAAAGUGACUUCACAGUGAAUACAUUAAAUGUUUUUGGUUUAGCUCAUGAACAAAUGUUAAACAUGACUAUUGUGUAGAUUUAAAUUAUGAAAUCCCACGAACAGUGGUGGUGUCAAAAUAGAACUACGCGAUUCAAAUCAGAAGAUAAGCGCGACAAUUUCAUUAAUUUAUACAACUCACGACUACAACUUAAUGACAUUGUGAUGACUUUAGUGUAAAACAAGAUAUAUUUUAAUAUUUUUCAGUAAAAACUCAUAUGUAUUCGUUUAACAAUCGGUUAUAAAACUACCUUAGGCAUGCGACGAAGUUGCAUUGGUGUCUUAACUCUUGUCCGUUAUCUUCUUAUAUGAUACGCGUACUAAUUACUUAUUAUAUAGAUUAAAUCGGAAUUGCUAUUUUACGAAAAACAUUGUUGAAUACUUUUUUUUUAAAUAAAUAAUGUAUGAUUA